AUGGCGAGAUUGAGCUCCGGCCGGAGCAAGGGCUCGCACCCCCCCGUGGAAGAAAGGGUGGCCUCGGGGAACGGCCAAUCGCCGGCCAAGAGCAAGGCGAAGGCGAAGAAGACCACGUCGUACAAGUCUGAAGGCGUCAAGAAUCACGAUGUCCUCCUCCUACCCUCCUCCGACUACUCCAUCGCUUUGGCCCUGACGGCCCUUGCUGCCAUCAUUCGCUUCUUCAGGAUCUACCAGCCGACCAGCGUCGUCUUCGACGAGGUCCACUUCGGCGGCUUCGCCUCCAAGUACAUCAAGGGAAAAUUCUUCAUGGACGUCCAUCCACCCCUCGCCAAAAUGCUCAUCGCCCUCACCGGAUGGCUGGCCGGCUACGACGGCGUGUUCGACUUCAAGGAAAUCGGCAAGGACUAUCUCGAGCCCGGCGUUCCCUACGUCGCCAUGAGGAUGUUUCCCGCUGUCUGCGGUGUUGCCUUGGCCCCCUUCAUGUUCCUCACCCUCAAGGCGACCGGUUGCCGUACCCUGACGGCCGCCAUGACGGCCGCGUUGAUCAUUUUCGAGAACGGCCUCUUGACGCAGGCCCGUCUGAUUCUGCUCGACUCGCCGUUGGUCGCCGCCACCGCCUUCAGUGCCCUCGCCUUCACCUGCUUCACGAACCAGCACGAACAAGGUCCUUCCAAGGCCUUCCAGCCCGCUUGGUGGUUCUGGCUCGUCAACACUGGUCUUGGCCUCGGCAUCACCGUCAGCAUCAAGUGGGUCGGCCUCUUCACCAUCGCCUGGGUCGGUGCCUUGACCGUCGUCCAACUUUGGGUCCUGCUCGGCGACAACAAGAACGUCACCAUGCGCCUCUGGGCCAAGCACUUCAUGGCACGAGUCUUCUGCCUCAUCGUCAUCCCCGUCACCUUUUACCUCGCCAUGUUCGCCAUCCAUUUCCUCUGCCUCGUCAACCCCGGCGAUGGAGACGGCUUCAUGAGCUCUGAAUUCCAGGCCACGCUGAACAGCAAGAGCAUGACGGAUGUUCCCGCCGACGUCAUCAUGGGCAGUCGUGUUUCCAUUCGCCACGUCAACACCCAAGGUGGCUACCUGCACUCGCAUCCGCUCAUGUAUCCAACCGGCAGCCAGCAGCAGCAGAUCACGCUCUACCCUCACAAGGACUUGAACAACAUCUGGCUCCUCGAGAAUCAGACCCAGCCGCUUGGUGUCGACGGCGAGCCCGUCAACGGCACGGAUGCUUGGGACUCGAUCGAGCCCGAGUACAUCAAGAACGGCGCCAUCCUCAAACUCUUCCACCAGCCUACCAAGCGUCGACUUCACUCUCACGAUGUCCGCCCUCCUGUUACCGAGGCCGACUGGCAGUUCGAGGUGUCCGCGUACGGCUUUGAUGGUUUCGACGGUGACGCCAACGACCUGUUCCGCGUUGAAAUUGUCAAGAAGAAGUCGUAUGGUUCCCUCGCGAAGCAGCGCCUCCGCACCAUCGAGACCAAGUUCCGCCUCGUGCACGUCAUGACUGGCUGUGUUCUUUUCUCUCACAAGGUCAAGCUGCCCGAGUGGGCAUCCGAGCAGCAGGAGGUCACCUGCGCCAGGGGAGGUAGCCUUCCCAACAGUUUGUGGUACGUUGAGCACAACGAGCACCCGAAGCUCGGAGAGACGGCCGAAAAGGUCAACUACCGACGCCUCGGCUUCUUCGCCAAGUUCUGGGAACUCCAAAAGGUCAUGUGGCAGACCAAUGCCGGCCUCACCGAUUCGCAUGCCUGGGAUUCUCGCCCGGGCAGUUGGCCGCUCCUGCGCCGUGGCAUCAACUUCUGGUCAAAGAGCCACCGUCAAAUCUACCUCAUCGGCAACCCCAUCAUUUGGUGGGCCUCGACCAUGACCAUCGUCAUCUGGGUUCUUUUCAAGACCGUCGCCGUCCUCCGAUGGCAACGCAGCUACAACGACUACUCGAGCACCACAUUUAAGCGCUUCGACUACGAGAUCGGCACUUCCGUCCUCGGCUGGGCUCUGCAUUACUUUCCCUUCUACCUCAUGGGCCGUCAGCUCUUCCUCCACCACUACUUUCCGGCCCUGUACUUUGCCAUCAUCGGCCUCGGUCAGCUGUUCGACUAUCUCACUGUUCGAGUCCCCAUUGUCCGUUCCCGCAAAGGCGAUUCCGUCAACAAAGUCGCCGUCUCCUGCUUUCUUGCCAUGUCCGUCAUUGCUUUCAUCGCAUACUCCCCGCUUGCCUACGGCAACAGGUGGACGAAGACCGAAUGCAAACGUGUCAAGUGGAUCAAGACUUGGGACUGGGAUUGCGGCCACUUCCUUGAUAGCUACGGAGAGUAUGCCACCGUGUUCGAUGCCGAAUCAACCUCUUUGGGCGCAUCUGCGACUGGCGGCUUGGCACCAGGCACCGCGGCCGAUGGACAGGUCUUCCAGGCUGAGUCGGUUGAAUACCGCGACCAGGACGGCAACCUACUCAACGCCGAACAGGUCAAGGCGCUUGAGAGUAAAGGCGAUGUUAAGUUUGAGACGAAGUACAGGACGAAAGGGCAACCUGAUCACCCUGCUCCUCAGGCUGCUCCCGGUGCCCAGUCUGUUGAAUACCGCGACCAGGACGGCAACAUCCUCAAUCUCGAACAGGUCAAGGCGCUUGAGCGUAAUAGCAACGUCAAGUUUGAGACGAGAUACGGGACAAAGCCGGUGGGCGAAGUGCCAGGGAAUCAAGCAGGCGCUCCCAGCCAAAAGGUUUCCUAUGGCACGGAGUCGAAAGUUGAAUAUCGUGACCAGAACGGCAACCUCCUCGAUCCUGAGCAGGUCAAGUCGAUGAAGGGUAAGGUUUCGUUCGAGACGAAGUACGAGACAAAGCUUCGCGUCGUGGACAACGCCGGCAAUGAGGUCCCGCCACCAGCAGGCGGCUGGCCGGCUGACAUGGCCGACGGCGCAAACGUCCCGCCACAUCCGGAGGUGGAAGGAGUCGAUCAGGAGACUCCCAAGGUGGAGCAGGCCAACAAGGACAAUGAAGCGGCCGCGAGCCGGGACGGCGAAGUAGAGUCCCAUCAGGCAGAGGCCAAGCCGGGUGAAGGACUGGAGGCUACCAAGCGCGAUGAGCUGUAA